CUCGGUCCAUCAUUAUCUCUCGGAACUUUUUGUCUUCCUUCCUUACAAGAUCCGAUCGAAACUCUGCUUCUCCUCUUAUCAAAGCAAAGCCCCUGUCACUGUUUGCUGUCUUCUUCUUCUUCUUCUUCUUCUUCACUGUUGCAGAUUCGUUUAAUCAGCUAGCAGCUAAAAUUUCAUUUCGAGCUCCGCCAAAAAUGGACCGUUGGACAUUACUCACCUACGUUCAUUCCCUUGCUGGGCCAGUGAUGAUGCUGUUGUAUCCCUUGUAUGCAUCUAUAAUAGCAAUAGAGAGCCCCUCAAAAGUAGACGACGAGCAGUGGCUGGCUUACUGGAUCCUCUACUCCUUCCUCACUCUCCUCGAGAUGCUUAUCCAACCCAUCUUAGAAAGGAUGCCAAUAUGGUAUGACAUGAAGCUGGCUUUGGUGGCUUGGUUGGUGCUCCCUCAGUUUAAGGGCGCAGCCUACAUAUACGAUAGGUUUGUAAGAGAGAAAAUCAAAAAAUAUGGGGGGUUGGAUCGUCGCCAAAGCUCUCCCAAUGGUAAGCCCAGGAACAAGUUCGUCGACUUUCUUACUCCUAAGAAAGGAGAGCAAAAGGCGUAUUGAAGAACAAGAAGAAAUUAUAAGGAGAAGUGCUUUUCAGUGGACGAUAUUAACUAUACCUGUCAAGGGAAUAUAUAUCUUAGCCCAUAUAUGUAGCUAACUUAUAGGUACUGUAGACACUGCGCUUAUUCUGCUCCAAUCCAAUGUAUAUAUAUGAUAUGAUAUGAUAUGUACCUCUUGUAUUAUAUGUAAUAGAAAAACACAGCGAUGGAUGGCGUAAUAUGCCCCGGAAA